AUGGAUAACUCUAGAAGAUUAGAACUACAUGAUUUAAAUACAAGAGCAUGGAAUGGUGAAGAAGUUUUCUUGUUAAAAAAUAGCAAGCUGGAUUCGAGUAUCAAAAAGAAUACAGGGUUUAUCAAGAAAUUGAAAAAGGGUGUAACCAAAGAUUCCAAAGAUUCUUUACUGAAUGACUUAACUGAAUUAUCGCUAGAAAAAUAUCUUUCUGAACUGAUAACAACAGCUAGUGAGUUAUUAUGGAAUGUUUCUACAAAGAAUGAAAAUAUUAUUGCUGUUACAGAAGUUAUUAGUGCCAUACAUCAAAGAUUUAAUGCUAGGUUUACUGGAAAACUUUUUGGAUUAUUCUUAGUCAACUUUGUGAAUCCAUCAGUCACUGAUAAGGAUAACUCUGCGCCUGUAGAAAAGGAGGAAUUGGUUAGAUUGACCAGAUUGAAAGCGACAGUAACACUCUUAACGGAAUUAUACCUUGUUGGUGUAUUUACAUCUCUUGAUAUCGUUGAAGAUAAAGACAUGUUACCUCUAUAUCUCCAAAGAAAGAUUUCAAAGAAGGAACCAUUCAUUUUCACUAUUUUGAAAGAAUUAUUAAAUUACAAAUUCAAAUUUGGCUUUAGCACUCUUCUUGCCACUCAUUUUGUUCUAAGAUUCCCUACUUUUUUUGAUGAUAAUGACCAUUCAUGGGAUCCUCUGAUGCCUGAUGUGCAACUUAAAUCACUUCUACAAUCUUUAUUUAAAGUAUUUGCCGAUGCAGUAGUGAAUAAGACAAUAGACUUAGAUAAAAGGAUUCAUAAACUUUUUAAAGAACAUCAAAAAUGUCAAAUUAGGACAGGGAGACUGGUAAAUGAGUAUCUAGAAGAGCAUGACACUUUAGUACCCAUAUUUCAGAGAUUUAAUAGUGCGACUACAGUGUUUGUAGAAACUUUUAAGUUAGAUCCACCUAAACUUGUUGAAGAUGAUAAAGAAACAGAUGAAAAAUCACCACAGUCCAUAAUUACUAACCAAGUUUUGCCGCCUAGUGAAAGGUUAUGGGAAAAUGAAGAAACUAAAAGGUUCUAUGAAAAUUUACCAGAUAUUGAAGAAGUUGUUAAAGAAUCUCAGUCAAGAAACUCCACUAGCGAUUCAGAGUUAAUGAAUAAUUUUUUUGCAGAUUUGGAACUGGCUGACACUAAAGAUUCAAUUGAUAAAUUAAUAAAUGAAUAUUGGAAGUUAAAUUUAGACAAUAAAGCUACCAGGAAUAGAUUACUCAAAUUUUUUAUCGAAAGUCAAGAUUGGAGCAAAAUAAAAAUAUAUUCACGGUUUUUAGCAGCAAACAAUAAAUAUUUUCCUGAUAUUGUAGAAGAUUUUAUCAAAUAUUUAGAUAAUGGAUUCAGAAAUCAACUUCAUUCUAGUAAAAUUAAUGUGAAAAAUAUUAUAUUUUUUGCAGAGAUGGUCAAAUUUAUGUUGGUACCUUCAUUCAUCAUAUUUCACAAAAUUAGAACACUGAUCAUGAAUUUACAAAUUCAAAAUAAUGUUGAGAUAUUGACUAUCUUCUUUGAGCAUGCAGGUAAAUUCUUGAUACAUAAACCUGAGUUUAAAACUGAAAUGGAAAAAAUGAUUCAAUUGUUGAAGACAAAGGCUAGAGACAGACAAUUAGGUAUGAAUGUUAAAAGUGCUAUAGAUAAUUCAUUAACUUUAUUAUAUCCACCAUCAGUUUCAACUUUGAAUCAGGAGAAAAGAGAGUUAACUAAUGAAGAGAGGUUUUAUCAUGUUGUCAUAAGAAGUGAAUUAGCCCGGUUUAAUGCUAAAGGUGCUACCAUACUGUUAAGGAAAGCUACUUGGAGUGAUCCUAAUGUCUAUAAAACAAUGUUUGAACUUUUCACAGAAGUAAAUAAAAUGAAUUACCAAAAUAUUCCUAUUUUGGCGCAAAUACUGAGUGGACUAUAUCCUUACCAUAAAAAUUUUGUUGUUAAAGUUAUUGAUCAAACUAUUGAAAAUAUUGAACGUGGUUUAGAAACCAAUGAUUACGGUGAAAAUAUGGCUAGAGUGGUGCAAGUAAGGUACUUGACAGAGAUAUUUAAUAUGCAAAUGAUCAAAUCCGAUGUAUUACUUGAAAUCAUUUUUUUUAUUUUGAGAUUCGGGUAUCCUAACAAUCAACCAGUUCCAACCGUUUAUAAUCUAUUAGAUCCACCGGAUAACUAUUUUAGGAUCCAAUUAAUCACAAUAAUUCUAUUGAAUGUAGAGAGAUACCCAUCUAUCUUUAAAAAAUCACUAGAAUUGAUACUGAGGUUUUUUGAAUACUAUAUAUACAUCAAGAAACAACCAUUACCGAUAGAAACACAAUUCAAAAUCAAGGAUACUUUCAUAAAAUAUGAUAAAUUGAUUAAAUUUCAAAAAGCGGAAAAUUUACUGGACAGUGCUACAAGGUUACAAAGUUUACUUCAGUCCAUAAAUGGUCAGAGUAAAUCUGGUGAAGGUGAUAAUAUUGACAAGGAAACAGAUUUAUCAUCUGUAGAUUCCAAAGAUAAAGGCAAAGAAGGAGUAAAUGGAAUAAAAGAAGAGGAUGAUGAAGAUGAUGAAGAUGAUGAAGAUGAUGAGCCCAGGUACACGGAUGAGGAGGACGAGCAAGAAUUAGAAGAGGAAGAUCCUCAUAUUUUAAAGACUGAUGUUACUACUAUAGAUGAUGAUGUAAAUAUUUCAGAAGAAAAAGAUAUGUCAGAUGCCAGUGAAAUUAGUGAUUUUGAUAAUCUGGAUAUAGAUAGUAGUGGAUCUGAUGUAUCCAGUGUAGACUCUUCCUCAGAAGAUGAUGAUGACGAUGAUGAUGACGAUGACGACGACGAUGAUAAUGAUGAUGAUGAAAAUAGUAAUAAUGACGAUGAUGAUGAUGAUGAUGAUGAUGAAUUUAGAGAUAUUGAUGUUGAUAGAAACAUUGAGUUAGAAAGAAUGUAUAAUGAAUUUAAAGAGAAAUUACAAACUAGUGAAGAAAGAAAAAUAGAAAGUGAGUUGGAAAAACAACUUCAACAAAUGAUGAAUGAGUCUUUAGAAGAACGUAAAAGUGAAAAAAUUACAAGUAGUUCUUUGCCAAUUUUAUCUACAUCAAAUAGUUCUAAAUUAUCAAGCAAUGAGAAGACAAGGGGAAAUGGAUCAAAAGUUGCAUUUACAUUUUUAACAAAAUUAGGUAAGAAGACAAAUACAAGAACAGUUGGAUUACCUAAGGAUAUUAAAUUUGUUUCUGAUGUGCUAGAGGAAGAAGAAAAAUUAAAGAAUGAAAGAGAAAAAAUUAAAAAAAUUGUGUUGCAAAGAAGUUUUGAUUAG